GGAGACUAUGGCGUCCUCUUCGGCACCCCCUGCCACCGUACCGGCAGGGACAGCGGGCCCCGGCCCGGGUUUCGGCUUCGCCUCCAAAACCAAGAAGAAGCAUUUCGUGCAGCAGAAGGUGAAGGUGUUCCGGGCCGCCGACCCGCUGGUGGGCGUGUUCCUGUGGGGCGUAGCCCACUCGAUCAAUGAGCUCAGCCAGGUGCCUCCCCCAGUGAUGCUGCUUCCAGAUGACUUUAAGGCCAGCUCCAAGAUCAAGGUCAACAAUCACCUUUUCCACAGGGAAAAUCUGCCCAGUCACUUCAAGUUUAAGGAGUAUUGUCCCCAGGUCUUCAGGAACCUCCGUGAUCGAUUUGGCAUUGAUGACCAGGAUUAUUUGGUAUCCCUUACCCGAAGCCCUCCAAGUGAAAGUGAAGGCAGUGAUGGUCGCUUCCUUAUCUCUUAUGAUCGGACUCUCGUCAUCAAAGAAGUAUCCAGUGAGGACAUUGCUGACAUGCAUAGCAACCUCUCCAACUACCACCAGUACAUUGUGAAGUGCCACGGCAACACAUUGCUGCCCCAGUUCCUGGGGAUGUACCGAGUCAGCGUGGACAAUGAAGACUGCUACAUGCUUGUGAUGCGCAAUAUGUUUAGCCACCGUCUUCCUGUGCACAGGAAGUAUGACCUCAAGGGUUCCCUAAUAUCCCGGGAAGCCAGCGAUAAGGAAAAGGUUAAAGAACUACCCACCCUUAAGGAUAUGGACUUUCUCAACAAGAACCAGAAAGUUUAUAUCGGUGAAGAAGAGAAGAAAGUAUUUUUAGAGAAGCUAAAGAGAGAUGUGGAGUUCCUAGUACAGCUGAAGAUCAUGGACUACAGCCUUCUGCUGGGCAUCCACGACAUCAUCCGGGGCUCUGAGCCAGAGGAGGAGGGGCUAACCCGGGAGGAAGAGACAGAGGGGGAGGGAGACUGUGGCCUGACUGGACCUCCUGCUCUGGUGGGCUCCUACGGCACCUCCCCUGAGGGCAUUGGCAGCUACAUCCAUUCCCAUCGGCCUUUGGGCCCUGGAGAAUUUGAAUCCUUCAUUGAUGUCUAUGCCAUCCGGAGUGCUGAGGGGGCCCCUCAGAAGGAGGUGUAUUUCAUGGGUCUCAUUGACAUCCUGACACAGUAUGAUGCCAAGAAGAAAGCAGCUCACGCAGCCAAAACUGUCAAGCAUGGGGCUGGGGCAGAGAUCUCUACUGUCCAUCCUGAGCAGUAUGCUAAACGAUUCCUGGAUUUUAUUACCAACAUCUUUGCCUAAGAGACUGUCUGGCUUCAUGGUGACUGCUGUUUUAUGUUCAAGCUGGUGGAGUCCUGAGCUUGGAGGAACUGGGGAUAUUCUGCCAAUAUUUCUUCUCUUCCUCCUUUGCUAAAUUCAGGCUACAGGCUCCUCCCAUUCAAGUAACUCUAUUUGCUUACAUGACUCUUCCUGGCCCUCAGAAAUACAUUAUCCUUUCUUCCUUCUUUUCCCCCAACAAGUCUGUUUGCUUCAUUAGAACAUUAUUGUUGACUCUCCCAAGUGCCUUGAUCUUUGUGAAAUGUCCUGUUGUUUCUACAAAAGCGAAGGAGCUGGGGGAGGGGGCUGUUUGCCAUCUUCGGAACCUGACUGGACAGAUGAACCUGGUUCAAGCAGUUCCUCUGGAUGCACUUUGCUGUGUGGGAUGAACUAAGAGUGUCUGAAUUUUGCUGAUAACUUUAUAGAACUCACUGUGGCAUGCUUCCAUCUCAGUAGGCCCUGGGAUGGAGAACUUUCAAGACACAGAUGGGGGUGCAGCAUGUGCACAUAUGGUAAAAUAUGGCCAAUCUUGUACACAGAGGUGGCAUGGAGUGUGGUCAGCAGGCUGGCUUCUCAUGGAGGUGGGACUAAGGAUUCUUGUGAUUAUGCAGGAAAUUGGAGAGGAUCUCUACCAAGGACCAACUGUUCUCUAAUCUCUUCCAUCAGCCCACUUCCACCCCCAACCACCUGUACAACUGGGUGCAGGAGCCCAGAGAUAGCCAAAGUGUUGAAGCCUCGGUGAAGGUGUUUUGACUAUUGCUGCUCUUCACCAAAGCCUCACACGCCUUCUGGGGCUGGAACCCUUCA